AUGAAUCCCUCUGAUUCAUCAUGUGAGAUUCAGAGUGAUCCAACAUCGGCUUCGUACCAUGCCAUGAUAUUGGAGGUGACCAACGCCUUGUUUAGUUCUGAUUGGAAUCAGCUGAAGAGCUCUGCACCAGUAGUUAACAGAAGCAUAAGCGGCAUGGAUGUCAAGGUGUUCAAGGCGGCACGAGAGGGCAAUAUCGAUGCCCUUAGAGAACACAGCGAUUAUCUUCACCAGAUGUUGACUCCAACCAAAUCCACAGUUCUCCAUGUCUAUAUAGCAAGAGUAGGCGGUGCAUUGUUGACGAAAUCUGAGGAACUACUGCUGAAGUCAGCCCAGGUUGUAAGGGAGAUGCUUAAAAUUUGCCAGCGGCUACUAUUGCAGCCAAAUGAUAACGGCGAUACUGCCUUACACUUGGCGGCAAGACACGGACGUUCUGAGAUUGUUGAAGUUCUUAUUCAGGCUGCGAAAGACUGGCAUGGCGACCUCGAAGAAGGUACCUCAUCAACAGAAGGAUGCCACCGGUUUCUCAUAAGAAGAACUAACAAGGAGAAAAACACAGCCUUGCAUGAGGCAGUGCGGUUCGAUCACCUUCAUGUGGUUAAGAUAUUGACUGGGGAAGACCCUGAGUUUUUGUACUCUGCUAAUGAUGCUGGCGAAACUCCACUCUACAUUGCUGCCGAAAAAGGAUACCGCAAAUCGGUUUUUGAAAUCCUCGACACUUGCACGAAUCUAUCCUACCAAGGACCUGAUGGUUUAACAGCUUUACACGUUGCAGCUGUUUACGGUGACGAACAAAUAACGGGAAGACUGCUAGAGAAGGAGAAGACGCUGGCAUUAGCAGCAGUCGACGGAGACGGAACAUCUCCACUUCAUUUUGCUGCAUUCGGGGGCUACGUUUCAAUUGUGAAACAAAUACUGGAAUCUGAUAAUUCCACUGCCUACAUUGGCGACAUUCGCAAGUUGGUAGCCGUUCAUUACGCGGCUAUAGGAGGGCGUGUAGAUGUAAUGAAACAGCUUCUUCUUUACUGCCCUGACAGUUUCGAAUUGGUGGAUUACAAGGGUCGCAAUGCGCUUCAUUACGCAAUUCACAGUAAGAAAUAUAAAGUAGAAGAGUUUGUUCGGAAAGAUCCAUGGCUUAGUAGCAUCCUUCUAAAUAGCAAAGACUUUAGAGGGAACACGCCUCUGCAUCAAAUUGCUAAAUCUGAAGAUGAAUACAACGGCUUGGAGUUUAUCCGUGAUUCUAGAGUCGAUAAGAUGGUAUUCAACAACGAAAAUAUGAAUGCGAUAAACAUCAUUGUACGUAGCAGCGCUGAAUCUAGGUGGAAGAGAAAUCUCAAAGAAGGUAUGAUAGAUUCUGGUGCAAGAGUAGGUCAUCGACGGGAAAAAGAGAGAGUUGGUGGCAGUGAAGUCCAUGCAAAGAGAGGUGACAAAGAGUCAUCAGAAGACUCAAAAUACAAGGAAAUAAAAGAAUCUCAUUUAGUAGUGUCUGCACUCAUAGCAACUGUAACCUUCGCAGCUGGUUUCACUGUGCCUGGUGGUUACCAAAGUGAAAAAGGGCCGGAUCAAGGUUUUGCAGUUCUAUCAAGAAACGCAGCAUUCAAGGCAUUUGUGAUAUCAAAUACAUUAGCAAUGAGUAUGUCCAGUUCUGCGGUCAUGAUACGCUUUUUUUUGUUGGUGAGAAGGCGAGAAUUUUCCCUUGUAAUCGUACCACGGGGGGCGGCGAUAGAUCUCACAAUGUACGCCUUGAUUGCAAUGGUGGUUGCAUUCCUUACCGGCACAUACGCAGUAUUAGGCAGUCAUUCUUCAUUAGGACUUGCGAUUGCGGCUACCGUUCUUGGGUGCUUUUUCUUCUUUGGCUUCGGUGCGUUCUUGUUUGUUCCGGCCUUUUCUGCUUUAAGGGGUUUCUCGGCUACAAUCUACUUACGUGUCGCUGUCUUCUUGUAUCAUUUCAUGCAUGGGAACUUUUAUAAAUUGACUACAUUGCAGGCGUACGUAGUAGGCGGUGCAAAGUCGACGACCAAGUCUAAAGAAUUGCUAAAGACGACGUCAGCCGAGGUUGUAAGGGAGAUGCUUGGAAUGUGCCAGCCGCUACUACUGCAGCCAAACCAGAGCGGCGAUACUGCCUUACACUUGGCGGCAAGACACGGACGUGCUGAGAUAGUUCAAGUUCUUAUUCAGGCUGCGAAAGUCCGGCAUGGCGACCUGGAGGAAGGUAUCUCAUCACGAGAAGCAUGCCACCAGUUUCUGAUAAGAAGAACUAAGAAGGAGAAAAACACAGCCUUGCAUGAGGCAGUGCGGUUCAAUCACUUUGAUGUGGUUAAAAAAUUGACUGAGGAAGACCCUGGGUUUUUGUACUCUGCUAAUGAUGCUGGCGAAACUCCACUCUACAUGGCUGCUGAGAGGGGACAUACCCAAUUGGUUUCCAAAAUCCUCGACACUUGCACUAGUCCAUCCUACCAAGGACCCAAAGGUUUAACAGCUUUACACAUUGCAGCGAUCUACGGUGAUGAAGAAAUAACGAAAAGAUUACUUGAGACGGAAAGGGCGCUAGCAAAAGCACCUGACGUAGAAGGAAGGACUCCACUUCAUAUGGCUGCAAUUACGGGCAACGUUUCAAUUGUGAAACAAAUACUGGAAUGUGACAAGUCCACUGCCUACAUUGGCGACAAUGACAAGAGCACACCAGUUCAUUAUGCUGCUCAUAAGAUGUUCAGGUUCAGGUGUGGAGAUGUACUGAAGCAGCUCUAUUUCUACUCCCCUGACAGUUUCGAGUUGGUGGACGAUAAGGGUCGCAAUGCCCUUCAUAUUGCAAUUAUCAAUAAUGAUGAUGAAGCAGAAAAUUUUGUUCGGGAAGAUCCAUGGCUUAGUAGUGUCAUGUUAAACGGCAAAGAUUCGGCCGGAAACACACCUCUCCAUCAAAUUGCUAUUUCCGAAAGCUACCUAGGCUUGGAAUUCAUCAGUGAUUCUAGAGUCGAUAAGAUGGCAUUCAACAAAGAAAAUAUGAACGCGCUAAACAUAGGUGAAAAAAGCACCGAUCGUCCGUGGAGGAGAAAACUCCGUGAGGAAUUGACAAAGUCAGGUGCAAGAUGGGGUUGGCGACUACAGUCAAUAAGAGAGAAUAGUGGUGGCAAGGAAGUAGUCGAUGUGAAAAAAGGUGACCGAGAGUCAAACUUCAAGGACCUAAAAGAAUCUCAUUUAGUAGUGUCUGCGCUCAUAGCAACUGUUACAUUCGCCGCCGGCUUCACUGUCCCCGGUGGUUAUGUGAGUGAACAAGGACCAAACCAGGGUCAUGCAGUUCUAUCAAGAAAUGCAGCUUUCAAGACAUUUGUGAUAACAAAUACAUUAGCCAUGAGUCUGUCCAGUUGUGCUAUCGUGGUACACUUUUGUAUGUUGUGGAGAAGGAAGGAAAUUACGGUACUUCGCUUAGCAUUGGGACCAUAUGGGGCGGCAAUAGAACUCACCGUGUACGCCAUGGUUGCAAUGGUGGUGGCAUUCGUUACCGGCACAUACGCAAAACAUAUAUAUGAAACACGGUUUGGGAAGAUAUGGUGCAACGAGUAUGUGAACGUGUCAAGAGACAAAGAUGUUGACACGGAAGUCGACCGUGAACAGAAAGGUGGCAACGAGUCAAGAUUCAAGGAUAUAAAAACGAAUCUCGAGCUCAUUUGGUAG